AUGGCCGACAACGGUGUUCCCAACGCGGCGCAGUUGCCCCCUCCUCCUCAGCCGAACGCCGGUGCGCCAGGCUACGAGAAUGGUCAGAACGGCCAGUCCAACCCGGCUCAUAUGCCGCCUCCGCCUCUGCACAUUCCCCAGAACACCAACCCGAUUCCGACUGCCGUCACAUCGCCUCUUUCUGGCGUUGACAAGAUCAUGUCGCCUAGCAGUGCCGGGGGGUUCGGCCGCCGCGCAGCUCCCGAGCCUAACAAGCGGGCGCUGUACGUGGGAGGCCUGGACCAGCGUGUCACUGAGGACGUUUUGCGUCAAAUCUUCGAGACGACGGGCCAUGUUCAGAACGUCAAGAUUAUUCCCGACAAGAACUUUGGCGUCAGCUCUGGAAAAGCCUUCUGCUUCUCCUUGGCCCUUGUUGGAAUAUUUGCUGACUUUGCGCCAAAGGCAAAGGGCUACAACUAUGGCUUCGUUGAGUACGAUGACCCUGGUGCCGCUGAACGCGCCAUGCAGACCCUGAACGGAAGACGUGUUCAUCAAUCCGAAAUCCGAGUCAACUGGGCAUACCAGUCCAACACCUCCAGCAAGGAGGACACAUCCAACCACUUCCACAUCUUUGUUGGCGAUCUUAGCAACGAGGUCAACGAUGAGGUUUUGACGCAGGCAUUUUCCGCCUUUGGUUCUGUCUCGGAGGCCCGUGUCAUGUGGGAUAUGAAGACCGGACGAUCUCGUGGAUACGGUUUCGUGGCUUUCCGCGAUCGACCUGAUGCCGAGAAGGCUCUGAGCUCCAUGGACGGUGAGUGGCUCGGCUCACGCGCCAUCCGUUGCAACUGGGCAAACCAGAAGGGCCAGCCAUCCAUCGCACAGCAGCAAGCCAUGCAGGCUAUGGGCCUGACCCCCACGACGCCGUUUGGUCACCACCAGUUCCCGGCUCACGGCGUUGCCAGCUACGAGGUUGUUCUGGCCCAGACGCCGUCGUGGCAGACGACCUGCUAUGUCGGUAACCUGACCCCCUAUACCACCCCCAAUGAUGUCGUCCCGCUUUUCCAAAAUUUCGGCUAUGUCGUCGAGUCUCGUUUCCAGGCCGACCGCGGGUUUGCCUUCAUCAAGAUGGACAGUCACGAGAGCGCGGCCAUGGCCAUUUGCCAAAUGAACGGCUAUAAUGUUAAUGGACGUCCUCUGAAGUGCAGUUGGGGCAAGGACAAGACUCCCAACCCUCAAAGCGCUGGCUUUGACCCCUCCCAGCAGGCCUACAGCCCGCAGAGUGCUUCCGGACCAGGCUACCCCGGCACCCCGACGGCAUACUUCCCUCAGUAUGGUGGUCAGUACGGCGGUCAGCAUGGCAACUUUGCCGGCCCGACUGCUCAGUCCCCGGCCGGUUACGGAGCGCAGCCGAUGGGAUACGGCGGACCCCAGAGCGCAGGAGGCUACGGUCGUGGUCAACAGCCACCCAAUGCCCAGUGGCCCCAGGGUCCUCAGGGACAGAACUUCAACAACGGCUUCGCCGGAUACCAGGGCUAG